AUGGUUGUAUUUGUCGUUAAAAAACCGUAAACCCUAAUCACUAAAUACCCUUUGGUUUCUAGCUGCCUUCUCCGCAGCGCAAACGCACAAACUUUCUUCAUCUCUCUCUAAACUCUAAACCCUCCAAGGUCCAUUUGAGCUAGGGUUUAGAUCAUUCUUCCUCGUCUUAUUUCAAUUUUUGUCUCAAAUAGUAUCAUCAUGGAUCUUCCUAGCCUCGCUGUCAUCCUCCAAACUGCUCUCAGUCCCAACCCCGAUGAACGCAAAGCCGCCGAGCAAGGUCUCAAUCAGAUUCAGUACACGCCUCAGCAUCUGGUAAGGCUAUUGCAGAUCAUAGUGGACAAUAACUGUGACAUGGCAGUGAGACAAGUAGCCAGCAUUCAUUUCAAAAAUUUCAUUGCCAAGAAUUGGGCGCCCCAUGAGCCAAAUGAGCAGCAGAAGAUCUUGCAGAGUGAUAAAGACAUGGUGCGGGAUCACAUUCUUGUAUUUGUUGCCCAAGUUCCUCCAUUGUUGAGGGUACAGCUUGGAGAGUGUCUGAAGACAAUUAUCCAUGCUGACUACCCAGAGCAGUGGCCACACCUUCUAGAUUGGGUGAAGCAUAACUUACAAGGUCAGCAAGUAUAUGGAGCUUUGUUUGUGUUGCGGAUUCUUUCUAGAAAAUAUGAGUGCCAUACCACAGAUGUUACUUCUAUGAAAGGAUAUAAAAACUAUGAGUUCAAGUCGGACGAAGAGAGAACACCAGUUUAUCGAAUUGUUGAGGAAACAUUUCGUCAUCUUCUCAAUAUAUUUAACAGGCUUGUCCAAAUUCCCAACCCAUCAUUGGAAAUAGCCGAUUUGAUUAAGCUUAUUUGUAAAAUAUUCUGGUCAUCUAUAUAUUUGGAGAUUCCAAAGCAGCUUUUUGAUCCAAAUGUUUUCAAUGCUUGGAUGAUCCUUUUCUUGAAUGUUCUGGAGAGGCCUGUUCCCUCAGAAGGUGAGCCUGCUGACCCUGAGCUAAGAAAAUCUUGGGGGUGGUGGAAGGUGAAGAAAUGGACAGUUCACAUAUUGAACAGGCUGUACACUAGGUUUGGAGAUCUCAAACUUCAAAAUCCUGACAACAAAGCUUUUGCUCAAAUGUUUCAGAAGAAUUAUGCUGGGAAGAUCUUGGAGUGCCACCUAAAUCUGUUGAAUAGGAUCCGUGUAGGUGGCUAUUUACCUGAUAGAGUGACUAACCUUGUUCUUCAAUAUCUGAGCAACAGUAUUUCGAAGAACAUUAUGUAUAAUUUGCUGCAACCACGGCUUGACGUCCUUCUUUUUGAGAUAGUUUUUCCUCUUAUUUGCUUCAAUGACAAUGACCAAAAACUCUGGGAUGAAGAUCCUCAUGAGUAUGUGAGAAAGGGCUACGAUAUUAUUGAAGAUCUGUAUAGUCCCAGGACUGCAUCCAUGGAUUUUGUUACUGAAUUGGUUAGAAAACGUGGAAAAGAUAAUCUUCAUAAGUUUAUUCAAUUCAUUGUGGAAAUAUUUAAGAGAUAUGAUGAGUCGCCGGCUAAAUACAAACCCUAUCGUCAGAAAGAUGGUGCACUGCUUGCAAUUGGAUCUCUUUGUGAUAAACUGAAACAAACUGAACCCUACAAAUCUGAACUGGAGCGCAUGCUAGUGCAACAUGUUUUCCCUGAGUUUAAUAGUCCAGUGGGUCACCUUAGAGCCAAGGCGGCAUGGGUUGCAGGACAGUAUGCUCAUAUUAACUUUUCAGACCAGAACAAUUUUCGCAAAGCACUUCUCUGUGUGGUUUCUGGGUUGCGUGAUCCAGAUCUUCCUGUUCGUGUUGAUUCAGUAUUUGCAUUAAGAUUAUUUGUUGAAGCUUGCAGAGAUUUGAAUGAGAUUCGUCCAAUUCUUCCUCAACUUCUUGAUGAAAUUUUCAAACUUAUGAAUGAGGUUGAGAAUGAGGACCUUGUUUUCACUUUGGAGACUAUAGUUGACAAAUUUGGAGAGGAAAUGGCACCUUACGCCCUAGGAUUAUGCCAGAAUUUGGCUGCAGCUUUUUGGAGGUGUAUGAAUACUGCUGAAGCUGAUGAGGAUGCUGAUGAUCCUGGCGCGUUGGCUGCAGUUGGUUGUCUGCGUGCUAUAAGUACAAUUCUUGAAUCAGUUAGCAGGCUUCCACAGCUCUUCGUCCAAAUUGAGCCCACUCUCCUUCCCAUAAUGCGUAGAAUGUUGACAACUGAUGGUCAGGAGGUUUUUGAGGAAAUUUUGGAAAUUGUGUCAUAUAUGACCUUCUUUUCUCCGACAAUAUCUCUAGAAAUGUGGAGCCUUUGGCCGUUGAUGAUAGAUGCAUUGGCUGAUUGGGCCAUUGAUUUCUUUCCAAACAUAUUGGUUCCUUUGGACAACUAUAUUUCCAGGGGAACUGUGCAUUUCCUUUCAUGCAAGGAACCAGACUACCAGCAAAGCCUUUGGAAUAUGAUUUCUUCUAUCAUGGCAGACAAAAAUUUAGAGGAUGGUGAUAUUGAACCAGCUCCAAAGCUAAUCGAAGUAGUUUUCCAUAACUGUAAAGGACAGGUGGAUCAAUGGGUUGAGCCAUAUUUGAGAAUCACUGUUGAGCGGUUGCGUUGUACUGAGAAAUCAUAUUUGAAAUGUCUUCUCAUGCAAGUGAUUGCAGAUGCCCUUUUCUACAACCCAUCUUUGACGCUUAGCAUAUUGCACAAGCUUGGUGUUGCAACAGAAGUCUUUAGUCUUUGGUUCCAGAUGUUGCAACAAGUGAAAAAGAGUGGUGUACGGGCUAAUUUUAGAAGGGAACAUGAUAAGAAAGUUUGCUGCUUGGGGUUGACCUCCCUACUUGGACUUCCUGCAGACCAAUUACCAGUGGAAGCAUUAGGGCGUGUUUUCAGGGCUAACCUUGAUCUCCUAGUUGCAUACAAAGAUCAAGUUGCAGAAGCUGCAAAGGAGGAAGAGGCUGAUGAUGAUGAUGAUAUGGAUGGUUUCCAAACCGAUGACGAAGGUGAUGAUGGUGACGGGUCAGACAAAGACAUGGGCAUAGAUGCUGAGGAUGGAGAUGAAGCUGACAGCAUCAGACUUCAAAAAUUAGCUGCACAGGCAAGGAAUUUCCGCCGCAAUGAUGAGGAUUAUGAUGACUCAGAUGAUGACUACAGUGAUGAUGAAGAGUUGCAGUCACCAAUCGAUGAGGUGGAUCCAUUUAUUUUCUUUGUGGACACCAUUAAAGCCAUGCAAGCAUCCGAUCCCUUGAGGUUCCAAAACCUUACACAGACGCUUGAGUUCAAUUAUCAAGCAAUUGCAAAUGGUGUUGCCCAGCAUGCUGACCAGAGGAGAGCGGAGAUUGAGAAAGAAAAAAUGGAGAAAGCAUCUGCUGCUGCCACUUCAUGACUUAAUUUUUGAGUACCACUAUUACUCAAAUUUUGGUUUGCAUUUGCAGUUCAUCGCAUAUUUAAUUCAUUUAGUAUUGCCCAGCCAUUUGGAGCAUUUGGUUGGUUCAAUUGUCAGGGAUGAAAUUUUUCUGGAUUGAAGUGCUUGGAGCUUUGGAUUCCCUAUGAUCGGUGAGAGGUCCCUGUAAGACCGAAGAAAUUUUGUCGUUUUUAUGUCCAAGUUCCCACUUAUAAGCAUCAUAUAAAGCAUGACAAACGUGUAGCUUUCCUGUUGUCUGGUUGCAGUUUGGUUUAGAUGCUGGCCAUUCUAUAACAGAAGAUGCCUGUCUCGACCAGUUUGUGUUGCCUUUGUUUUUACUUUUUGUCCAAGUCUGGAUACUGUUUCUUUAGGUCUUUGCUUGUUUGGUUUUAAAUUUCCAGUUUCUGGGUUAUAUAUUUAGAACCCAUGGAUCUGCCUCAUAGGUUGGGAGCAAGGAGGGUUUCAUUCACGCAUAAAAAAUCUGUCUUUGAUGUGUAUUUUAUCUUGAUGGGGUAAUUGGUUGCCAUAUGGAUAUUUUUGGGAGGUUAGCUUUUGUUUCUUUUUGCAAAAAAUUUUUUUUUUGGGGUCCUUAUGGGUAGUCUACGAAUAUGAAGCAACAUUGGUUUAUAUUGGAGGAGUUUUGGGUUGACGGAAGGGCUUAUAAGGGGGUCUCCGCUGUUGAUUAUAAAGUGGUUAUAUAUAUAUUCUUUGUAAUAAUACGAGUUUAUGGGGAGAAAUUGUUUUAUUGAUCUCAA